GAAAUUUAUCAAGAUAAUAAGAGAUAUUUUAUGUAACGGUAUAUUGUGCCUGAUAACUGCUCGGAAUUGACUUUGAAAAUCGUCCCACUUCACGAUUCGUCACCGCCACAGUUACGCAGUUGCGUUCCUCUCGCCGAGCGUGUCGAUGCAUUGGUGUAAUUUCGGUGCAAAGAGUGCAAAUAGAACAGAUAGAUCUACUACACACAUGUUGCCUGCAUGUUGUUCAAUUGCUCUGACAGUGUAUCUGCAUCACUGGCAGUAUGCGGUUUUGCCGAAAGAUUAAGAGUCAAGAGAUUGUCGGAGAGCAAACUGCAUGUAGCCAGCUAAAAUAUGACCGCGCAGUUGUGGCAGUAUAUACUAAGGCACUAUAAACGUGAAUAUGCAGUUGAUCGCGACAUCGUGCGGUCUUAUUUUGGAAUCGUUUGAAAUUCGUGCGUAUGAUACUUUGAAGCUUGACCGGAGGAUUAAUUCAAACUCGAAUAAGCAUUUUGCAGUAUGGUGCCAAUCUAGCACAUUUUUAGGAGGAAGUGCAAAAUAGUGGAUCUAAAAGUGUUUAGUGUAAUCUGUUGAAAUAUAAAUCAUGAAAGUCAAUUACAUACAAUUGCCUGUAAAGGCGCAUUAUUUCUUUUUUAUGGCAGCUAUGGGUCCUAUUUUACCAUUUCUACCAGUCUAUGGGAAGCAACUAGGUGUUUCACCAUUAAUUAUGGGCAGCAUCACCGGAAUUUUGCCUAUUCUAUUUCUGAUCGCUAAACCAACCUUUGGCUUCCUCGUGGAUUAUUUCCGUACUUGGAGAAAAUUAAUCUUUAUAGCAUUGCUUGCUGUAACAAGUGGCUGUUACAUUUUUAUGUACUUUUUACCGGUAUUGCCGGGUCCGAUGCUACCUGAUCAUCAUUUUCAAAAUAUUUCUUGCACUUCCUUAUCAGUUUGCGAUAUGGAAUAUCAUACCUCAGCAAUGGCAUCAUGUAACGGAUCAAAAGAUACUACAUGUUAUUGGAUAUGCAACAAUGCAAAUUUUUCUACACAAGUAUCUUUUUAUUCAACUAAAGGAGAGGCAGUCAUUUCACCAGAUACUAUAUGCUUAUUAAAUAUUAAUGAAACGUUGUUGUGUCCAGAAAACACAACAAAUAGUUGCGAUGUUACCUGUGAUAACUUUGAAGAUAAUUAUUGUUUAUAUACAUCUCUUACUUUUUGGGGGUUUGUUCUUUUGAUGUCUCUUGGCAAUAUUGGAUUUAACGUUUCCAACUGCAUUAGUGACGCAAUUUGCUUCGACGUAUUAGGUGAAGGUGGACAAAUGGGAUACGGUAGGCAGCGAGUAUGGGGUACAAUCGGUUUUGGCAUCGCAGCAUUAUUAGCUGGUUAUACAGUUGACUUGUGGUCGCAAGGAGAAAUCUAUAAAACUUACACUCCAGCGUUCCUUCUUGUGCUCGGAUUUACUAGUAUUGAUUUGCUGUGUUGUAGAAAACUUGAAUUGCCACUCAUGUCAGGAUCGACAAGCAUAUUGAAAGAUGUCUGUGCACUUUUGAAAUUGAAGCCUAUCGUUAUAUUUUUAUGUUUUGCUACCCUUGCCGGCAUCCUUGAUAGCUUUAUGAUUUACUUUUUAUUUUGGUACCUAGAAGAUCUUGCUAUGACAACCGGCCAUAUGGGCGAAAUUAAAUUAAUAGAGGGUUUAACAGUAGCUGCGGAGACUCUCGGUGGCGAGAUAAUAUUUUUCUCUUUGUCUGGCAAAAUAUUAAAGAAAUUUGGAUAUGGUUAUACUUUUACAUUCUGCUUUGUAUGCUACGCGUUGCGGCUAGCAUUAAUAUCUUUGGCGCCAACGCCAUGGUGGGUGCUUCCAGUAGAAUUUUUCAUGCAGGGGCCAACGUAUGCACUUUGCUACACGACAAUAGUAGCAUAUGCAAGUGCAGUAUCACCACCUGGGACAUCAGCUACUGUUCAAGGAAUUGUGGCGGGAAUGGAUGAUGGUUUCGGAUUUGCUAUUGGCAGUUUGAUAGGAGGUAUCUUAUACAAGAAAGUUGGUGGCGCAAUAACCCUUAGAAUAUUUUCAAUAGUCGCAGCAUUCUCUGCAUUAAUGUACUUCGUCCUUCAUACUUUGUACUUAAAGUAUAAAACACCAGACACACGAAAUGAAUGGAGAACGCCUGAGGAGGCGCAGAAACAUUGCGAAGUAGCAGAGUUAUAAAAUAAGUGUGUUCAUAAGUUCCGAAUAUUUUAUAUAUGUAUAGUCAUAAAUAUAUAUUAUAAUUUGUGCUAGUUUUGUAUAAAGAAUUUGAUAUGAUUUAUUAUUGUAAUAAUAAAGACAUUUUUUAUUAUUUAAAG